AUGAUUGAGUCAUCUGGUAUUGUAUUACCCCCUGCCAUAGUACCAGGUGGAGGUAAGUUCUCCGCUAGGAUGGGUGGUGCUAGUGUAUUAUUAAGGAUGCAGCCUAUUACUGCUCAACCAGGAGAUGUAUUACGAUGGACAUUUGAGAUGGCACCAGCUGGUAUACUACAUGAAGAUGGUGGUCCUGUUAUACAAGGUAGGAUACCACCAAGGCCUAAAAGCAGACCAUUUGAAUAUGGAUAUGUAAUGGCACCAACUAUGAUAGGGUAUAGAUCUGUGGAGGAUCAACCUGAUGCUAAUCUGGUAUUCUCUAUGCCUGGUACAUAUAAGGUAUUUGCCUGGAUACAGCGUACUGAUCCUGUAACAGGAGUAACUAUAGAGAGUCGGUAG